AGCCAGACAGCCAAGUGCUCCAGGUCUUUUCCUAGCAGUUACUCGAAUCCGUCUGGUUCUCUUUUACUUAGUGACUGACAGUGAGCGUCUUCUCCCACCCCAAUCAGCACCUCCCCUGCCUUACUAGACUCUGAGCGUGGUUCAGAAAAGAAAGCAAAGCGGUCCUGCAGACCUAGGGAUAUAGAAAAGAAGCCGCCUGUAGUAAUUUACUUUAAAAAGAAAAAAAAAAAAAAAAAGCCCAGAGGGCUAAAGUCUUCCCCCACACCCUUCUCCUCCCCUUUCCCUUUCCUUCCCCUCCUCCUCCUCCAUCUUCCUUGAGCUGCUGAGAUUCUCCUACGUCCAGCCGCUACGCUGAUCCGAAGGGGGAAAGAGCUGGUCUCUGAAAGAUGGCGAGGAGUCGUCACCGCUUUCUCCUUCUGCUGCUGAGCUACCUGGGGGUAGUUCUGGGCUAUCACAAUGCUUAUGGAUUCUCUACCCCAAGAAACCAUCAAGUUGUUACAGCAAUAGAGUUUCAAGAAGCAAUUUUAUCCUGUAAGUACCAAAGGAAAACAUCUCCUUCAAGAUUAGAAUGGAAGAAACUUGGACCCAGUGUCUCCUUUGUCUAUUAUCAACAAGCUUUUCAAGGUAACUUUAAGAAUCGAGCUGAGAUGCUCAAUUUCAGCAUCAGAAUUAAAAAUGUGACUAGAAAAGAUGCUGGACAGUAUCGCUGUGAAGUUAGUGUACCAUCUGACCAAGGCCAAAACCUUGAAGAAGAUAUUAUUACUUUGGAAGUAUUAGUGGCACCUGGUGUUCCAUUAUGUGAAGUCCCCAGCUCAGCUCUGAGUGGAACUGUAGUGGAAUUAAAAUGUCAAGAUAAAGAAGGUUUUCCAGCUCCUGAGUACACUUGGUUCAAGAAUGGUGUUCAUUUACUAGAAAAUCCCAAAACUGGCCACAAAACAACCAACAUUUCUUACACAAUGAAUAGAAAAACUGGAACUCUGCAAUUUAACAGUGUUUCAAAACUUGACACUGGAGAGUAUUUUUGUGAAGCCCGCAAUUCAGUUGGAUAUCACAGGUGUCCUGGGAAACAAAUGCAAGUCGAUGAUCUCAACAUAAAUGGCAUCUUAGGAGCUGUCGUAACUGUGGCCUUAUUGAUUCUGUUUUGUGGCCUUGGGGCUUGUUAUGCUCAGAAAAAAGGUUAUUUUACAAAAGAAAACUCCUUUCAGAAGAACAAUUCAGACUCUAAAGCUGCUAAAAUGAGUGAAUGUGAUUUCAAGCACACAAAGUCCUUUGUAAUUUAGAAGACUUCUUACUUUGAGAUAUACCCAAACCACUGUUUGUUAAACAAACUAUUAAAAAUGAUAUUUUAAAAAA